UGGACUUCAAAUCUGGGAGUUGAAAUCCACAAGUUUUAAAGCUGCCAAGUUUGAAGACCUCGGCUCUAAGUGCUUGAAGACUCGAGCCGCGCUAUGCAAAUUCAGGGGGGCGUGAGACGUCCUUUUGCCCCACCCUUGUGGGCCGGGGAGCCGAUCGAUCACCGGGAGGGUGAAGAAAGACGCCAGCUGCUGGACGGGCGGCCGGGAGUACGGGCAGUGCUAGAUGGAUGAACUAUAACUGGAGCCUUCCUCUGUUCGAUCGAAUGGCCCGAACAGGGUGGGUAAUAUUAAAGCCUAGCACCAAAACUGGCAGGGAUGCUACAGAAGAAGUCACUAUAUGAUGGGUACAACCAGGAUUGUUUCUUUUCUGUCCUAGCCAUUCAGCAUUCUUCUUGGAAGCAUCCCGCUUUCUGAGGCACAGAUUGAAAGCACGAUGUUUUAUCUCUGCAUGAUAUUCGUUGUUGGAACAGUGCUCGUGUGCCGAGAAACACUCGCAAUUCGUAGCUGUUCAGUGGAAAACACGAUAGCCUACUACGAUUUCUGCAAUCUCACUUGGGUGCCCCCUGUGCCUGAACAUGUUGAUAUUCUAUCCCUAAACUUCAAUUUCAUCCAGGAAGUUAAUGCAACCUCUUUCCCUCUGAGGGAGAAACUAAAGAUUUUAUUCCUUGGAUCACAAAAGCGCUUUCCCUUAACCAUAGGAAAAGAUGCUUUUAGGAACUUGCCAAACCUACAACACAUGGAUUUGAGUAGUAACAUAAUGAUGGUGUUAGACCCUGAUGCUUUUGUGGGCUUGUCUAGAAUCCGUAUUCUUCAACUGAUUCAAAAUCAUCUUGAUGGAUCCAUUCUGGAAAAGGAUUAUCUCAGAGAUUUGAUUUCAUUGGAAUAUCUGGACCUCAGAUACAAUAGAAUCACCCAUGUUCGCCCUCACAGUGUAUUUUAUAACAUCAAAUCCUUGGACAUUCUAGACUUGGAAUCAAACCCUAUUGAAUCUAUCUGUGAAGGAGAUCUUAAUAGUUUCCGAGGAGCAAGGUUCAAAAUGUUUAUUCUUCGUUAUACUGAACUGUAUAAAAGAUCUGUGGAUUGGGCUACUUGUGGGAAUCCUUUAAAAAAUGUUAACAUAGAAACACUGGACAUUGGAUGUAAUUGGUGGGGUACAACUCUAACACAACAAUUCUGUGCAGCUAUCAGAGGGUCCUCACUGUUUGGUUUGAAGAUGUCCUCUCAUGGUAUGGGCGCAUCAUUUGGAUUUAAUAAUCUUCCUGAUCCUGAUAUUAAUACAUUUGCAGGUCUUAAUGACAGUGGGCUCAUCUUGCUUGAUAUAUCAAAAGGCUGGAUUGCGACUCUUAAACCGCAAGUAUUUCAAUAUCUCCAUGAUUUGAAGCUGCUGAAUAUAAGCAAUAAUAAAAUAAAUAAAAUUUGGAAUGGAGCAUUUCUUGGUCUUCAGAAUCUGCAGUAUCUAUACCUAUCAAACAAUCUGCUUGGUGAGCUCUAUAAGGACACUUUUGAAGGGCUUCCUAAUGUGAUUCAGAUACAUCUAAAACAUAAUCACAUUGGAGUGAUUGAUAGAGAUCCAUUCAAAUCCUUACCAAAGCUUCAACAUGUGGAUCUCGAGGAUAACGCUUUAAAAGUAAUCGAUUCUCUUCCAAAUCUCUUCAGUGUUAUGUUAGGUGACAACCGGAUAGAGACUACACCUUAUUGGAAAAUAGGAUUUAUAAAUGCCACAGUCCUUAACUUAAAAGGAAACAGACUGGGGAAUCUGGGUGAUCUCUAUGAAUUUCUCCAAUUUCCAGCCCUGGAGUAUCUUGUUUUAAAAAACAACCGUUUAUCCUAUUGUUUCAAAUACAAAGACAUAGCAAAAGACAAUCAGUUGAUUUACUUGGACCUUGGAGACAACAUGCUAAAGCUUAUAUGGGAGAGAGGUUUAUGCUUGGAUAUGUUCAAAGCACUUUCCCGCCUGGAAAUUCUCUAUCUCAAUAACAACUACCUUACUUUCAUCCCAGAGGGUAUGUUUAGUGAGAUAAUGUCACUCAAGACACUUAACUUGUCUAACAACCUGUUGACUUCCAUUCCUCAAAAUGCCUUUCCUACAAACCUGAAAGUUCUUAAUUUGUCAUCAAAUCAGCUAUUUUACCCUGAUCCUCAGCUCUUUGCAACAUUAGACCAGCUGGAUAUCACCCACAACACAUUUUACUGUACCUGCCUAUUAAGCAACUUUAUUAUGUGGCUAAACCAAACCAAUGUUACUUUAGAUGGCUCACACAAUGACAUAUUUUGUUCUGGACCACCGGAGUUUGCUCAUGUUCCUCUCCAAGACUUAGAUACAGAGAAUUGCAAUGAACACAAGCUCAUGGAGCCUCUGCAGCUGUCACUCUUCAUUUUUACCUGUGUUACUAUAACUGUGUUUCUAGUAGCAGUAGUUGUUUUUACUCGUUUUAGGGGAGUUUGUUUCUUCUGGUUUAAAACACUCACACAAUUCCUCAUGAAGGAGCUCCCACCAGAACUGGAUCAACAGGGAUACAAUUAUGAUGCUUAUCUUUGCUAUAGCAGCAAAGACUUUGAGUGGGUCCAAAAUUCCUUGAUAAAGCAUCUAGAUUCUCAGUAUUCUAAGAAGAACAGAUUUGCUCUUUGCUUUGAAGACAGAGAUUUCCUGCCUGGGGAGGAUCAUAUCAGUAAUAUUCAUGAUGCUGUCUGGAAUUGUAGGAAAACAAUUUGCGUGGUCACAAAACAGUUUCUCAAGGAUGGCUGGUGUGUGGAAGCCUUUAAUUUUGCUCAGAGCAGGUAUUUCUCAGAUCUGGAGGAUAUCCUUAUAAUGGUGGUAGCUGGAUCUCUUUCUCAAUAUCAGCUUAUGAAAUAUCAACCAAUUAGGAUCUUUUUGAAAAGGGGGCAGUACUUGAGAUGGCCAGAAGACCAUCAAGAUUUGGAGUGGUUUUUAAGCACACUGUCUCACCAAAUAAUGAAGAAAAAGAAAAUUAAGAAGUCCCCAGCCCUUGAAUUGAAGGUUAUAACCGUUUCCUAACAGGUGUAGUUCCUGGCCACCAUGCAAUGUCAUAAGAAAGCUUACUUUCCAGAGAAUUUGUCAAUUUGUUCUGAUAUCAUACUGAGCCAUUUUUUCUAUCCAAUGAACUAGGUCAGGGGUGUUAAACUCAAGGGGUGCUUAGAUCUAGCCUGCGGGGCUGCCCUGGAAACAGUGAAGGACCGGCCUGCACAGCCCUUCCAAGCUCCGUUUUCACUGGCACUUGGGCCACCACAGGCACUCCCGACACAAAUGAUGUUGAGCUGGCCAUGCCCCCACCCCCACCCCAAGGUCAAACACAACCCUGAUGCGGCUCUCAAUGAAAUAAAGUUUGACACCCCUGAGCUAUUUGAAUCUGGUAUUGAUACUUCUCUGUUCUCUGUUAUAUCUGUGGUAAACUUGACUUCAUUUUUUUUCACUGUAAAAUGUCAGAUUACUUAUUAUAGUAUUAAGUUAGGGAAGCCAAGUUAUGGAUUAUUGGUAUGCAGGUAGUCCUCAACUUACAACCAGAAUUGAGCCCAAAAUAUAUGUUGUUAAGUGAGAAAUUUGUUAAGUAUGAGUUUAGCCCAUUUUAUGACUUGCUUGCUUGCCACAUUUAUUAAGUGAAUCACUGCAGUUGUUAAAUUAGUAACACGGUUGUCAAGUGAAUGUGGUUUCCACUUUGACUUUGCUUGUCAGAAAGUCACAAAAGGGGAUCACAUGACCCCAGGACACUACAACUGUCAUAAAUGUGAGUCAGUUGUCAAGCAUCUAAAUGUAAAUCACAUGACCAUGGGGAUACUGCAGCAGUCAUAAAUGUGAAAAAUGGUCAUGUCACUUUUUUCAGUGCCAUUGUCACUUUGAACGGUCACUAAACAAACUAUUGUAAAUCGAGGACUACUUAGACAAUUUGGAAGGCUCUUGCACAUGUUUAGAAUAGAACAGAAUAGAAUUUAUUGGCCAAGUGUGAUUGGACACACAAGGAAUUUGUCUUGGUGCAUAUGCUUAAAAGAAAAGAUACCUUCAUCAAGGUACAACAUUUACAACACAAUUGAUGGUCAUAGGGUACAACUGUAAAUGUUGCUGAUGUUGCUCAGGCCAAAAGGUGGGUAGGCGGGGGACGUUGCAGUCUCUGCUUUGGUGGGCUCAGAUAAUAGAUCUGUGCAAACAUUCAGUAGAGCAGUUUUUCAACUUUGACAACUUUAAUAAGUGUGGACUCCAACUCCCAGAAUUCCUGGAACUCCACACAUCUUAAAGUUGCUAAGCUUGACAAACACUCUAAUAGAGACUUUGUUUUAUUAGGAGCUAAGAUACAAACAUGGCUCCCCCCCCAUUCCAGUGUUUUGUAAUGUAUACGGUAUCUGUAUUUCUUUGUGCAUUGAGCAAUCAGCCUCUGCAGAUUUGUGCCAAAUUCAAUUCAAGAUAUUCAGAUGCCUUCCUAUCUUGAGGGACCAUCCUUUUUAGACUUCCUGUUCAUGGAGAGGUUUGUUUAUAUCCCACUCAAAAAAACAGGGUCACAGGAGUGCUUGGUGUACAAGAUGAGGUGCAGGGUAGCUUGCGUAGUUAUCCUGAAAGCUUGCAGAAAGUGAUAAUUGAAAUAUAGAAUGGCUGAACUUUUUCAGUGUAUAUUUUUUCAGGCAGAUCUGUGUUUUGUUUUUGCAUACAUAUUUCUUCUCAAGAGCAAUGUUUUGAAAUCUGACUGAGCAGGUCACUUUCCAUCAAGAUGUUUUUUUGGCUCAGUUAUUUCCUGUAAAUUAAGCACUUACCAAGGAGGAUUGCAUCAUUGCAGGUUCUUCCCUUGUCCUCUGUGUGUGUUUCUGUCAUGUGCACAGGAUAUCCCAACAUGCAAUUCUGAUGCAGACUUCCUUUAGCUGUCUAGAUUUGUUGGAUUGCAACUGCCAUAACUCCAGCCAAAUUUGGGAAAUGUUCAAAGUAUUUCACUAGUAUGAGGCACUGAGGCAGGGCCUUCCAGCAAUAUUUAUUUUGAAUGGAAUAGAAAGGUUUAAAUACAACUAUCACAGUGGCUAAGCAAUUUAGUUCUUAGUAGAGUGAAAUUCAGUACUUCACUUCUUACAUAUUAUUUAUUCUUAUUUUCAUUUUGUACAUAAUAUUAAAGUGUUAGCAAAUAUUUAAACAUAUUAUUUAAAAAAACUAUUUUGUGAGCCUCUUGAAUUUGUUUCAUAAUAACUACCUGAGAACAGGUGUGCAUGAGAAUUUAAUUCACUUUGUUUUUUAUAAGAACUUACCUAAACUCCCCCCCAAAAAUUAAGAAAAUAUUAAAGAGGUUAAAAACCUGAAUAUAGGAGACCACAACAAUGACAGAUUCUUCUAACAUUCAAAAAAAGUUGAAAUUAAUUUUUUUAAAGAUACCAGAUCAUUUUACAUGUGGCUGAAUUAAUUUAAAUAUUGAGUUUUUAACACAAAACAGCAUUCUUGUCCCCUGUUAACACAAAGUGCAUGACUAGUUACUGGUAUCAGGAGGCAUUAUGCAUUUCCAAAAGAUGUCAUGGAUUAUAAUUGAUAUGUGAUCCACUGAUAUGCAUUUUCAUCUCAAAGAAAGUCUUAAAUAUUUCUGGUAGCCUUGUUAUGGGUGAUUAGAAAGCACAAGUUCAGUUAGUGGACUGUGAAAAGAAUACCUGGAAUGUGGUAAUGUGCCUCUUUUUCUCUCUGAAAUGCAAAAGUUAAAUUGGCUAUUGAAGAAAGUCCAGAAUAGUCCUGCUGAGAGAGCUGGAGAGGAGGGGAAAUAAUAUUUAUUCCAUCAAGAAGCAAUCUGUUCCCUUUCUCACAUUAAAAGUGACUUUCCUAAACAACCUGCAUGGAAACCCAGUUAAUCAAAAUAAAGCAGGGAUGCCAAAGUUGAUUUCAUUGAGGGCCACAUCAGGGUUGUGUUUGACCUUGGGGGGCUGGGGUGGGCAUGGCCAGCUUGACAAUUCUCAUGUCAGGGGUGCCUAUGGUGGCCCAAGUGCUCUGCCAGUGAAAAUGGACUCCCAAACUCCGUUUUUGGCUGGGAUGGCUUCCUGCAACCCUCUGCCAGCGAAAACAGAUCUCGGGAGCACCGUGGGCCAGUCCUUCACUGUUUCCAGGGUGGCCCCGCAGGUCAGAUCUAACCACCCCGUGAGCCUUGAGUUUGACACCCCUGAAAUAGAGCAUUUGUUCCAGCAAUGUUACAUUUUUGCAAGACAUGUAGAACAGAGCUUUCUGUCUUAUCCAGGGUAGGAAAACAUUCAUGUAGUGAAAGGAUAGAGAGGUCAAAUUCUGCUGGAUUUUUAAAUUGGAGAAGAACAAGUUGUACGUAGCAUAGAAUGAAGGGAGCUGGCCCUUUGCUUUCCAGCAUGCUAGCUUUCCAUUGUAAAACUAGUUUUCUUUAACAGAAACAAUCUGGGAGGCAGGGCAUCUGAUGGGCACCAAGAGAAAUGCCCAGAAGUAGAUUGCCUCCUUCCAAAUGCCUUAUUGGGGACCCAGAAAAUAGAAGGGUGGGUUAUGAUCUUAAACCAACAGGAGUUUAGCUGGGGUACUGAAAUAUCUAUUAUGGUAAUUUCUGAGUGGCAUUCUCCUGCUGUUCCAGUUUUUUUAGAAAAAUAAGUGCAAAUAGGGAUGUCUCAAAAAAUCCAAAGGAGUGAAAUGGCAGUUUCUCUCUUCAAUAACUUUCUCAAACUAAAGUGUUUUAGUUAAUUAUUGUUUUCAUAACACUGAUUUAUGGGGUAUUUUGCAUUCUCACUUUGUUAUAUUAUGACCUUAACUGGUAUUUUGCUGUAUAUUAUAUCAUGAGAUGUAUAUUUAUUUUGUAUAAUUAAAAGAUUAAAAACAA